AUGGCUGAGUCUCCCAGGGAAGGAAAAGUGGCCAGGCCUGUGGACUUCACCCAGCUGAUUGACACGGCAUCUGAGUUUGUAGGAGGAAAGAUUUUAUUUGCAACAGAUGACUUUUUUGCUCCUGCAGAAAACCUUAUAAAGAGUGUUCGCUUUCACAUGUGGCCACGGAGCAGCUCGGGGCGCCGGGCGCUGAGGGCUCAGCUGGACCCCAGCAUCGAGCCUGCUCUUCCUCUGAGGUCGGCUGAAUUCCUGGAACACGAGUACACUGAGUUUGGGAAGUGGACGUCUGGAUGGCAGACCAGAAGGAAAAGGAUCCCAGGUCACGACUGGUGUAUCAUCCAGCUGGGAGUACAGGGGGUCAUCCGGGGCUUCGAUGUGGACACUUCUCACUUCACACGAGGAGAUCAUGCUCCUCGAGUGUCGAUUCAAGCAGCAAACUUUGAAGAAGAUAAACAACCAGAAAUCCCACAACGAGAAGUCAGGACAUGAGCCACAGCCAGCCCUGAGCAGUCUGAAGCCAUUGCUAAGCUGAAGUCCAGCGACUGGAAUUGUUUGGUUCCCAUGACAGAGCUUAAACCGGGAAAUCCUGCUUCCAGCCACAGUUGUUUUCCUGUCAACUCCCGGCAGAGGUGAGGUCACAUACGACUCAACCUCUUUUCAGAUGGCAGAAUUGCACGUCUUAGGGUGUAUGGUACUGGACAGAAAGAUUAGACUGCCAGUGACCCUAAAGAACCGUUAGACCUGGUGACCAUCGUUUAUGGGGGUGCCUGUGUAGGACUUAGCAAUGCACAUUUUGGGCACCCAAACAAUAUAAGAGGAGUCGGCAUGGCAAAGUCUACGGCGGACGGUUGGGAAACAGCACAAAGGCCGGACAGGCCACCGAUACUGGAGAAUGAUGAGAAUUGUGUUCUCCUGGUUCUGGGUUGUGAAUGGGUUGUACUGGCACAUCCUGAAGUAAUAACUCAAAUUGAGAUCGAUACAAACUAUUUCAAAGGCAAUUCUCCUGACAGCUGUAGGCUGGAUGGCUGCAGCGGGACGGCUCAGGAGGAGGAAGACAUGGUCAAGCAGACGUGGGAUCUUCCGGGCCAUAAGUGCGAGCCGCUGCUUCCAGUCACAAAGCUAAACCCCGACGCGAGCCACGUGUUGGACAGCCUAACCCAGGACCUGCAGGACAGCAUCGCCCACGCAAAGUUCACCGUCGUCCCGGAGUGGGGCGUGAGCCGCCGCCUCCGACUCAAGGGCUUCCGCAGCUCCAUCUGCCUCCUGCGGCCCCGCGGGAGGCCCGCGACCCCGCAGGAGGCCCGCGACGAGGUCCUCAGGGAAGGGCGGGCUUCAGAGCGAACCUCUAAUCCCCCGCGAAACCGGGUCGCCGGCGGCGUCAGCGCGGGCGGUGGCGGCGGGGCCCCGGCGGCCCGGCUGUCCGGCGGCGGAGCGCAUGGGCGGCGCCGGGCCGCGGGGGAGGCGCGGGCCGCGGGCUCGCGCGCGCCGCACGUGCUGGUGGACCCCGCGCCCGCCAGGACCAUCGUGGUGUGCCGCAGCGGGGACCCGCUCUACGUGGGCCGCGAGUUCGUGCCGUCGCGGCGCCGCGUGGCCGCCUUCGAGGCGCUGCUGGAGCGGCUGACGGAGCAGGGGGAGGUGCCCUUCGCUGCGCGGCGCCUCUUCACGCCGACGCGCGGGCGCCGGGUGAGCGAGCUGGACGCGCUGCAGGCCGCCGGCAAGUACGUGGCGGCCGGGCGCGAGCGCUUCCGGAAGCUGGAUUACUUUAAUAUAGUUCCCAGCAAACCUGCAAAGACGAGAAAGUUGAAGGAAAUCAAGCCGGUGGUACAUUGUGACAUAAGCGUGCCUUCCAGGUGGCAAGCGUUCCAUCGUUUAUCCCGACAAAUCAAUGUUUUCACAAAUGGAAGAUUAUUUAUUCCACCUGUAAAGAUUGUGAUACCCAAAUUCAGCCUGACGGAGUGGAACUGAGUGCUGGCCACGAUCGGAGAGAAGGUCUUUCCUCUGAGAGGCGUUCAAAAAUUAUUUACAAAGAAUGGGCAUCUUCUGGACAACUCAAAGGAUUUGCAAGACAACCAUUUUUACAGGGCAGGACUGGAGUCCUUCAAGUAUUUCCCUUAUUGGAAGUCCCCAAAGGUCCCCAGCGAAGCCCAACAAAAGUACACAGACAUUGAGAAGUAUUCACGAAGAAAGAAAAAAGAGGAUCCCAAGGUGAAAGAAACUCAUAAAUAUGACAACAUUCCACCCAAAGCACUGGAUUCUAUUUUUUACGCCAAAGAAGGAAGGAAGAAACCAAAGGCAGAACCUUUAAUCCAAAGCGGGGCAGAUGGUGACGUGUAUAAAGCCCAGACUCCUAACAAGGAAACCCAAGGAGCACCAGAAGUUAAGGAGGCCCCAGACGUGCAUGUGGAGGUGCCUGUGGACCAGAAACCAGCCGAGAUCGUGAAAGAAGAGACACAUGGUCACAUGCCUAGUUUUGAAAGCAACAAGCACGAGCUGAACAAAAACUUCGCUGGUGUGAAAUGCCCCAUGGAGUUGAAGGUCAUCGGCCCUAAAAUCUAG